AACAAAAAUCAAGCACUCACAAUACUUUCCAUUCGACAGUCACACCAGAUUUCCGAAAAAAUAUAUAUCGAAUAUUUGGUAUUAUACUACAAAGAGAAAUGGACUGCGAUAACCCGAGUUUGGAUGAGCAGCGCGAUCGCAUCGACAAUGCAAUAUCGACCGCCAUGGAGGAUCUGGAUCGGGAGUAUCUGCGCAAGCUGCAGAUCGAGAUGCACGCCUGUGCGACCGACUGCUGUGCGGAUGCGGAUGCGAAUGCGGAGGCGGUACAGCGAUGCGUCGACCGCUGCCAAAUUCGAUUGACCCGCGCCCGCUGCUUUGUGCAGCAGGGCAUGUCCGACUUUGAAAAUCGCCUGGAGAAGUGCAUGCAGCAGUGUCGGGUCCAUGGAUCCGAUUAUCAUUUCAAUCGCUGCUCGAACAACUGCGUGGACAGCCAUGUGGAACUGUUGCCCGAAAUGCUCAGGGCCAUGCGAGAUACCCUAGAAAAGGGUGUUUAAAAGGAUCUAUUUGGGAUCCCAAUUUUUUUAGGCUCUCCAAAAACCAUAAAAACAGUCAUUGAAAAUUGUGGCCUAUUAAUUU